GAGGAUACUCCCACGUGUAUCCAAUUUCAAGUUCAAGCUUUAACUUGAGGUAUCGACAGAUCAAUUGAUAGACGAGCUCCAGAAUUUUGUUUGGCAGGCUGCAUGCGUGACGCACGCCAAAACUUGAAUCACUCAGUGAGCUGUAUCAGAGGAGUCACGGUAGAGUCGUACUACAGCAGCUCAGACUUGCGGAUGAAGCUUCGAUGUACACCGAUGCGAUGGGCAAAGAUAUGUUAAAGCGUACAGCCCGAGGGACUGGAUUUAAAAGGAACUCCCAGGCCAAGGCUUGCAUACUUCUAUGCCGAAAAUCAUUCUGCAAUUAUAUUUGUCAGUGGCGAUGGUCGUUAUGGCUCAGCGCUCAAAGCUUGACCUGAGCAUUCAAAUCAAAACGUACGUAUCGCACUGGCAGAGGUGAUUGACAUGUCCUUCAAACCCAGCUUCGGAAUUUGUGUGUCACGGUUCUUUU